GCCUGCCUCCCCGGCCAGACAUUGGCCUCCCAGUCCCCGCUGCCCCUGGUCAGUGCCGUCCUCAGCCCCGCCAUGGCUUCCGACCUCAGCGGCACCUGGAACCUGCUCAGCAGCGACAACGUCGAGGGCUACAUGCGGGCGCUAGAUACUGAUUUUGUCACUCAUAAGAUAGCCAAGAUGCUGAAGCCACAGAAAGUUAUUGAGCAGAAUGGGGAUUCUUUUACCAUCCACACGAACAGCACCUUCAGGAACUAUGCUGUGAAAUUUAAAGUUGGAGAAGAAGUUGAUGGGGAUAACAAAGGCAUGGAUAACAGAAAAUGCAAGAGCUUGGUCACUUGGGACAAUGACAAAUUCACCUGCGUGCAGAAGGGGGAAAAGAAGAUUGAAGAGGACCAGCUUCACCUGGAACUAUUCUGUGAAGGCCAAGUGUGCAAGCAGAUGUUCCAGAGAGCUUGAUCUGUAUCCAACAGCAGAGUCCACAUGUGGGGGCAGCUUGAUGAAUUAUAUCCCAGAAUGAACAGGACAGGAAUGAUCUGUUGGGGUUUGGUAGAUGGGGCCUUGUGAUCAAAGAGACGUCACACAGCCUAUACCAGAAGCCAUUUGGAUUGUGAGAAAAACUCUCAGCUUCA